AUGGUGGCUAACGUUGUUCUGGUGGCGAAACAAGAAAAGGGAAAAUGGAGAGUAUGUGUUGAUUACACCGACCUCAACAAAGCAUGCCCUAAAGACAACUUCCCAUUGCCGAGAAUCGACCAGCUCGUGGAUUCAACUUCCGGCAACCAGCUGCUCAGCUUCAUGGAUGCUUACUCCGGCUAUAAUCAAAUUAUGAUGUACGAUGAUGACAAGGCGAAGACCUCUUUCAUCAUCGAAAGAGGGACCUACUGCUACAAGGUCAUGCCCUUUGGGCUGAAGAACGCCGGAGCAACCUACCAAAGGCUCGUGAAUAAAAUUUUCAAGGAGCAGAUCGGCAGAACCAUGGAGGUGUACGUGGACGAUAUGCUGGUUAAAGCCCCCAAGCGGGCAGACCACCUCAAAAACCUCACCGAGGCGUUCAGCCUACUCCGCCAAUAUCGCAUGAAGCUGAAUCCAAGUAAAUGCACGUUCGGUGUAUCGUCUGGCCGGUUCCUAGGGUACUUAGUGACGCAACGAGGUAUCGAGGCACACCCGCGCCAAAUCAAAGCCAUUCUCGAGAUGAAGUCGCCUUCCACAGUGAAGGAGAUACAAAGCCUGACGGGCAGAGCAGCGGCCCUUAACAGAUUCCUCUCAAAGUCUACCGACAAGUGCAGACCAUUCUUCAAAGCUUUGAAGAAAGGACAAAAAGACAAAUGGGACGAAGAGUGCGAAGUAGCUUUCCAGAAUCUAAAGACCUACCUUACUUCACCUCCCUUGCUCUCAAAGCCAGUUCCUGGUGAAGACUUGUUCGUGUACCUGGCAGUGUCCAACUCGGCCGUCAGCUCAGCUCUCAUCCGAGAAGAACUUGGGGCCCAACAUCCGAUAUUCUACACGUCAAAAGCUCUCCUCGAUGCAGAGACUCGCUACCCGAAAUUGGAGAAGCUCAUUUUGGCCCUUGUGGUUUCUGCGAGAAAGCUGCGACCUUAUUACCAAGCUCACCGAGUCAUCGUCAUGACCGACUUUCCUUUGAGAUCAAUCCUCCACAGCCCUGAUGCUUCUCAGCGACUCAUGAAGUGGGCUAUAGAGCUAAGCCAAUACGACCUCCUCUACCGGCCGAAGACUGCAAUAAAAGCUCAAGCCUUAGCAGACUUUGUUGCAGAAUUCACACCAUCAGCCGAAGAAGAGAAGCUGGUCAGCAAAAAGAAGGAAAGUUCGAGAGCAGACAAGACCUCCAUUGAACCUGACCAACCCAGAGACAUGUGGCAGUUGCGCGUAGACGGAGCGUCGAACCAGAAAGGAGCUGGAGCAGGCAUCGUCAUCAUCACCCCGGAUGGAACCCUGCUAGAGCAAGCUAUCACGCUUGGCUUCCCGGCUUCAAACAACGAGGCAGAGUACGAGGCAUUGCUCGCUGGCUUGUGCUUGGCAAAGGAGCUAUCAAUCAAAAAAUUGGCCAUCUACUCAGAUUCCCAGCUGAUCACAAGUCAAGCCUUAGGAGAGUACAUGGCGAAGCACCCGAGGAUGAUCCUGUACCUUGACAAAGUCCAAGAGUUGUUGAAGGCGUUUCCCACCUUCACCAUCCAGCAAGUGCCCCGAGCAGAGAACGCGCACGCAGAUGCACUGGCAAGCUUAGGAUCGGCGCUGGAUACCCAGUUCAGACGCUCCAUCCCGGUCGAGCACCUCGACCAGCCUAGCAUAGAAGAGGCAGAGCAGCCGACCUGA